AUGGAUGAAGCUGUUGAGAAACUAGAACUAGUUUUGGAGAGCAAAGUUGAAAAUCUUCCUGAGAAGAUAAUGGAUGCAUUAGAAGACCUUGUGCAGGCAUCUUUGGAAUGUUCAUCAGAAGAAAUGGUAGAGUACGAGCUAGACGAAAUUCUUAUUAAUGCCUUUGAUAAGACAUCGCAUAAGGACCACAAGAGACUUAUGGAGAUGCUUCUGGACCUCAUGUCAUGCAUGCGAGAUCCUCGUAACAUCUAUCCAGCAGUAGAGAAGUACUUUAGUCCUGAGUGCAACUUUUCGAUGGAUGCCGCCAAAGUAAUUUUUGUGAUGAAGAGGGACUUUGGAUUUGAGUUUGAUGGCUUUCUUAGCACUCUCCUGGAUUGUAUUAGACCCGAAAACAUUGAAAACGAUACUGAGAGGAGACUGUUUUUUAUUCUAAUGGUUUUAGAUAAUGGUUCUGUCCCACUUGUUGUAACCAAAGCAUUUGUUAAGAAGCUCUGUAAUGUCUCUCUGCAGGUCAAGUCCUCAUGCUGCCACAAGAUACUUUGGGGAGUCCUAUGGAUUAUGAGAUUCCAUCCAAUGGCAUAUGCGAUGGCAAAGAGAGAAAGCUUUGAAAAGGAUCUUGAAUGGAAUGUGUCUGUUACGAUUAACCAAUUUCAACCGUAUCUAUUUGAGCUUGAUAUAUUAAGUGAAUCUCUAAAAGGAAUCCAAAAAGUUGUUAGUCUCAUCAAGCGCGAGGCAAUGGAUGCCAAAAACAGACCAAAGCUCCUAUCCCUGGACAAUGUUAUUUUUCCAAAACUAGAGAUUUAG